CGUACCGGGGCGGUCUCGCAGGAGGCUCCGGGGGCAGCCCCGGGGGCGGCGGCGCUGCGGCAGCGCGCGGUACCGGGAGCCCCGAGCCGCACCGGGGCAGCCCCGGGAGCAGCGCGGCGGCGGCGGCGUCCCCGGGCGGGGCGGAGCCGGGGCAUGGCGGGCCUGGGAGCUCUGGAACCGGGCACCGGCACCGGCACCGUCCCGGCCACCAAGGUGGAGCUCACCGUGUCCUGCAGUUCCCCCCCGGCCUCUCCCCGCAGGCAGCUCCUGGACAAGGACACCUUCUCCAAGUCCGACCCGCUCUGCGUGCUCUACACCCAGGGCCUCGACACCAAGCAGUGGCGGGAGUUCGGCCGCACCGAGGUCAUCGACAACUCGCUGAACCCCGACUUCGUGCGCAAGUUCGUGCUCGACUACUUCUUCGAGGAGAAGCAGAACCUGCGCUUCGACCUGUACGAUGUGGACUCCAAAAGCCCCGACCUCUCCAAGCACGACUUCCUGGGCCAGGCCUUCUGCACCCUCGGUGAGAUCGUGGGCUCGGCCGGCAGCCGCCUGGAGAAGCCGCUGACGAUGGGGACGGUCACCGCGCACCCCCGCGGCAAGAAGCCGGCUCCGGCCCUCUCCAACGGGUGAGCAUUGGGGUGCCCCCCCCC